CAUCCAAUCCCUCGCGGUGCAUUCUGACCCUUUGAACCCCGGAAUCUUUUUGCGCCUCUGCAACAUCACGCCCAGACGCCGAGGCAAAUAUUUCCUACGACCUGCGAUUGUACACUUCCCACAAAGCCCACACAUACAGUUCCGACUCAAGAUGCAUCCCCAUCUGCACACCAAGGACAACUUCGAGUGCGAAGACAUCAUGGUCGCCCUCGAAGAGUGCCACGCCAAGGGCUUCCUCUUCAAGUCCCUCGGCGGGUGCAACGGCGCAAAGGACAAGGUCAGCGAGUGCCUCCGCGGCGCGCGCGCGAGGCGCACUGAGGCGAACAGGGCCGCCGCGAGGGCGAAGCGCGAGGAGCGGGAGAACCGGAUAAAGGAGAUUAACAAGUCGCUCGGCCUUGACUAAAAUGCGGACGACUUUAUUCACCCGUUUCGAUCGAUCGAACCCGGAAAACCCUCGUCGCCGGAGCCCC